AUAAUGAUAAUGGAAGUUGUAAUUCAGAUAUUACUGAAUCUGAAGAUUCCACUAUAAAUGGUACUAUAGUAGAAGAUACUAAAAUGGAAAGUCCUGAAUUAGAAGGUCUCAGAUUAGAAGGUCCCAAAUUAGGAGUUUCUGAAUUAGAAGGUCUCGAAUUAGAAAGCAUAGAAAGUCCUGAAUUAAAAGACAUGCAGGGUCCCAAAUUAGAAAACAUAGAAGGUUCUGAAUUUGAUAACCCUGAAUUAAGUUCCAAAUUUGGGUGGUUUGAAAAUGGCUCUGAAAUGACGAUUGUCUCAGAUUAUA